GAUCUACCUUCAUUUGCAACACCCACAUAAUUCCAGUGAAAAAUCAAGAGGGAGUAGCGAUGAUGUUUAUUAUUAACUUUGAGUAUGUAACAGAUGAAGAGAAUGUGGCAUCUCCUGAGAAGUGCAAGCCAAUAUUGCCAUCCAAACUUGUAAAUCGUAAACUUUUUGGGUUACGACUACCUGGAUUGAGACUUUUAACGUACAGAAAACAGUCCUUGCCACAGGAAGACCCUGAUGCAGUAAUAGUCGAUUCAUCUAAGCACAGCGAUGACUCAGUGGCUAUGAAGCACUUUAAAUCACCUACAAAAGAAAGCUGUAGUCCUUCAGAAGUGGAUGAUACAAAAGCACUGAUUCAACCCAGUAAAUGUUCACCUUUGGUUAAUAUAUCAGGACCUCUUGACCAUUCAUCACCCAAACAGCAAUGGGACAGACUUUACCCUGACAUGAUACAGACAAGCAAUCCACUAACCCAUUCCAGAUCAAAGGAAAGCAUUUGUAGUAUACGGAGAGCGUCUUCAGUACAUGACAUAGAAGGCUUUAACAUCCAUCCCAAGAACAUUUUUAGGGACCGUCACGCAAGUGAAGGGCCUUUUAAUCAUAUCAAGUCAAGUCUGUUGGGAUCCACAUCGGAUUCAAAUCUCAACAAAUAUAGUACAAUCAACAAAAUUCCUCAACUCACACUGAACUUUUCAGAUAUCAAAAGUGAAAAAAAAUCUUCGUCUCCUCCUUCUUCAGAGAAAGCAAUUAUUGCACCUAAGGUGAAAGACCGAACUCACAAUGUAACAGAGAAGGUUACCCAGCUUUAUGAAUUGUUCAUUAGUGCAAGGCACAACAUGAUAACAAAUGAUGGAGGUGACAUUAGCCUUCUUCCAGCCUUCUGGGACAUCCCCCAAUCUCCACGACUUCUCAAAGAUUAUGGAGAGCAGCCUUGCAAUGACAUCAGCCAGCUCUUUUGUCACCCUCGG